CCCAUGCAGUUGCAAGGUAAUUACCCAUCUCUGCCAUCCGGGGGCAAACCAGCCGACUCCCUUCUCCCCCCAGUCCCCACCGCCGCGCCGCUCCCGCCUCUCUCACGCGAGGGGACGACUAGGGUUUGGCCCCGCCGCCGCCGUUCCAGGAGGCCCGUCGCCCUCCUUCCCUCUCCCCGCGCCAUCCCGACGCCCGUGGCCCACCGGACGCGGUCCGCCAUCGCCCGCCCACGAAAUCCCCGAGCUGCAUAGUACCUGAGGCUGACGGAGGUUACCGGGAGCUGCCCGCCCCGGAGGACUCGCAGCCCGCGGAGGACCGAUUCCAAGGUUUGAACUUUCUUUCAAAAUAUAAAAUAUGGCUGCGGUUGAUACAGCAGCCAAGGAGAUGGAGGCACUGCAUGUUGGACAAAAUGAUGAAAUGAAAGAGAAUCUAAUUAAAGAGGACAAAGCUGCAAACAGCAAUAGUGCGGCUCUUGCAGCUCAGUCCUCACCACCAGAGGAUGAUGACGAUGAAGCACAAACUGAUGGUCCAUCUCAAGAUGGAGCACCAGCUGUAAAGAAGAAAAAGAAGAAAAACAAAUCCAAAAAGAAGAAGGACCCCCUUCAGCAGACAGAUCCUCCAUCAAUACCUGUUGAUGAGCUUUUCCCUUCAGGUGAAUUUCCUGAGGGUGAAAUCCAACAAUAUAAGGAUGAUAAUUUAUGGAGAACAACUAGCGAGGAAAAGAGGGAGCUCGAACGACUGCAAAAGCCAAUGUACAACUCUGUUCGCCGAGCAGCAGAAGUUCAUAGACAGGUCCGGAAAUAUAUGAGGAGCAUCAUAAAGCCUGGAAUGUUAAUGGUUGAUCUAUGUGAAACAUUGGAAAAUAUGGUCCGGAAACUUAUCAAGGAGAAUGGACUGCAAGCUGGAAUUGCCUUUCCAACUGGAUGCUCCUUGAAUUGGGUUGCAGCUCACUGGACUCCAAAUGCGGGUGACAAAACUGUGCUACAAUAUGAUGAUGUGAUGAAGCUAGAUUUUGGAACACAUAUAGAUGGGUACAUUGUUGAUUGUGCAUUUACUGUUGCGUUCAAUCCUAUGUACGAUCCAUUGCUUCAAGCAACGAGAGAUGCCACAAAUACAGGGAUCAAGGAAACUGGAAUUGAUGCACGGCUUUGUGAUGUUGGUGCUGCAAUCCAAGAAGUAAUGGAGUCAUAUGAGGUUGAAAUCAAUGGGAAAGUUUUCCAAGUAAAAAGUGUUCGGAACCUCAAUGGACAUAGCAUUGGGCCAUAUCAAAUCCAUGCUGGGAAAUCAGUUCCAAUAGUAAAAGGUGGAGAACAAACAAAAAUGGAGGAGGGAGAGUUCUAUGCCAUUGAAACAUUUGGAUCUACUGGGAAGGGAUUUGUCAGGGAGGAUUUGGAAUGUAGUCAUUACAUGAAGAACUUUGAUGUUGGACAUGUGCCUUUGAGGUUAGCAAAGGCUAAGCAACUGCUCGGGACCAUCAACAACAACUUUGGAACACUCGCUUUCUGUCGUCGGUACUUGGACCGCCUCGGUGAGACGAAGUACCUCAUGGCUCUGAAGAAUCUCUGCGAUAAUGGUAUCGUUCAGCCUUACCCUCCCCUGUGCGACGUGAGAGGGAGCUACGUCUCGCAGUUUGAGCACACCAUCCUGCUCCGCCCAACCUGCAAAGAGGUGAUUUCCAGAGGCGACGACUACUGAUUUCGUCCGCAGCGCCUCCUUUUAGUGGAGUACACACUGUUUUUGCGCAACCUUUGUACCAUCUCUUUAUGGACCAUAGGACAUAUCACAACCGGAUAAAUAAUUUUGCACUCCUGAUCAUAUGUUUUGAGCCUGGAAUAUGUUGGAACUUGUUUUCUGAUGGACUGAAACUGCUACCCCGUUGAAUUAAUGUUGGAUAACCUUUGAUAA